AUUUCUUCAAAAGAAAUGACUGUUCCUCACUGACUUUGGCUAAACUAUCUUCAUGUUUUCUCACUUCCAAAAUGCUUAUUUAACAUUGACUUUCUUUCUAGCCUGACUGCUGCAGGGAUUUUAGAUGCUAGCCAGAGAGAAAAGAUUUCUAUCCUACUUGCAUGAACGGGAAUAUCCAGAAGUCAGGGAUCAAUAGAUGCCUUCUGAAAGGAAAAAUUGAUGUCUAAAAAUGUUAGAUACCUGAUUUCAUCAAGGCUGAAGGGAAGAAUGUUAUGAAUCUUUAAAAUAUGGCUCUUGCCAUUUUGUUGUCUUUUUGGCUAUAGUAUAUGUGGCAAACUUCUCAGUUAUGGUUGUGGAACAUUUAGAAUCAUGAAGUUUUUGCUCCAGAGUUCAUACUUAAUUGAAUUUUCAGUUCAAAUGUUGUUUGAACUAUUUUUCAGUAUUGAGAGAUUACAUAAGGCCCCAUACUUUAGAAUUUUUAAAAUAAUUCCUAUAUUAACUGCUUUAAAAACUUUUAUUUCUCCAGAGAGAUGUCAGGAUUUCAAAUAAGUUUGUGUUCAGUUCACUUGACUGAACACACACCAUUAGAACACCAUCCAGUAAGUCUUUGUUAAUAGUAUGUUUAUAGGACAGGUGCAUUUAUAAACUGUCUCUUCUAGGUUUGAUGCAGGAUAGCCCCUGUGGUUUAUCUGGGAACCUGGUGGUAAAGCACGGAGAAGGGGUAGACAGUGGUUCUGAAGACUCUAAAAUAACAAAACCACGCUGUGAGUACACUGUACUGUUAGAUUCACUGAAAUCUGAGUACAUUUUUUUUAGUUGAGUAAUUCAUAAUGGUUCUGGCCUUCGUGCUGUGAAUUAUCCAACCUGUGAGUUACUGUGAUCUGCCUGGAAACCUAGUUUGGUGUAAAUUGCUCUUUACCCCUCGCUGAUGAAGAAAAUAAUCAUAUAAGCAGAACUAUUUGCAUCUAUGUGUGCUUUUUUAUGUUGGCAUCACUUCUUCCCCUUUUCCUGUUUUGGAGGCUGUCAAAUGGAUCUUCUAAUUUAUGUGUCAGAUAUAUUUUUGUAUUAGAUUGUGCCUAUGAUGAGAGAAAUCUCUAAUGUAUAUUUUAUGUACUCGGGACACAUUUAUAAUUUGACGCACUUUGAGGCAUGGUCUAGUACUAAUCAUGUAAUAUGCAUCUUUGUGAUUAAUGUGUUUAAGAUUUUACUUUUACUGGGUUAGGUAUCUUUUUGAUUUUAGCACAUGAUAGCUAUUUGAGUAAAGAGUUAUUACUUUCAGAUGUCACAGAAAAUCAGAAUAUUUAUUGUCUCAUAUUGUAUAAGUCAAUUAUUUAGAGAAUUUGCACUUUUAUCUUUCUGCCAACUCAAAGGAUAACGCAUACAUGAUUUUUAAAAUACAUAUACACAUGCGUGUGUGUGUGUGCAUACACACAUGCCUUUGCCAUGUAAACUUUCCUAGUUGAUUGCUUCCUUAAGCAGAUUGUGGUGGCAAGUGUUCAAAUAUGGCUCCUUUACCUAUGAAGAUAUAUGGUCACACAGUCAUAAUGUACUGUUUGGUAUUUCUUUCUCUUUCCCUCCCUCCCUCCCUUCCUUCCUUCCUUCCUGUAUAUUUUGUGGAAAAAAAUCUUGUUAAGCCUAGAUCCUCCCAACAAGAUACAUAGUAGAGGGAGGGGACUUGAAGCUAGAAAGAGGAAAUACAGAAAGAAAAGGACAGAGGAGGGGGGAGCAAGAGAAUGGAAAGUUGGUCCAUAAAAAAUGUGCCCCUUCAGUUAAAGUGAGCAAAAAUCACACAAUUGGCUAACAUGUGAAAACUAGCAAGGGAACUGAGCUCUAGUUCCUAGUUGACCGGGGUAUUCAAUAGAAGCAACACACUUGUAACUUAGCUGAACUCUGGAUUACACUUACUUUCUCCUCCCAUAGGCUAGUGGUUCUCAAGUUAUAGUUUUACAAAUUAUCCCUACUCUGAGAUUCUGAUUCAGUAGGCUCUAGGUAGGGCUUAGGAAGAUAUUUUUAACAGGCUCCUUGGCUAAUUCUAAUGCAGGUGGUCUACAUUAGAGAGACAUUGCCCUAGGUUAUCAUCUUUUGGUAAGUAUUUAGUAAAUCUGAGAGAAGAGUCAAACAUAUGGCAAGGUUAUGCCUAUUAUGGGGCCACUGAAAAAAAUGCUUCUAACCCAUUGGUUUUCUGAAGUAGGAGAUUCCUGAGCUGAGUUUUAAAGGAGGAGAGGGAUGCAGUCAAGUUAAAAUGAUGGCUGGAAGGAUGUCUCAGGCCUUGGACCUGAUGAGCAAAGGCACAGAGGUGACAGGUAGCAUGUGUAUUCAGGCCAGGUCUCUAGAAAGUCAAGUGGAAACCAAAUGGUAAGAUGAGAUAGUUACACAGAGGUCACAGCAUGAUCCUUGGACUUCUAUAGAGUAAGAAUUUGAAGGGGGGAGGGGCAGGGAGCAAUGGAGAACAAAGUAGAUUUGCAAUUUAGUUAGAUCCCUAGUGACUGAAAGAGAAGAACACAAGGACAAGAUUGUAAAGCCACAUCAAAUCACUAGGAGUUCUAGAAAUCAAAGCAGCACAUAGUGGUUUGAAAAUUUUUUGUUAGAUGUUUUCACUGUAACAGUUUGCAUUUCAGAGCAACUUGAACAGAACAGUCGUUGCAGAAAUGUGGAAAGACCUUCUGAGUAACAGGUAUUCGGCACAGUACAUAACAUCUAAUUGGUGUUCAAGAUGACCCACCAAGGUUGGUUAGGUGACACAAGGGUAUGUGUCUCUCAUUCCAGAAGUCACCAUACAUGGGAUCUCUAAUGUUUGUAUUUGGGGUUCUUAGCUCAGUUUCAUUACACCUUUGAUAGUUAAAUAUGUUAUAAACCAAACCCUCAUUUCACUUGUUUACACUACCGAAGUGUGGUACGGGGGCAGUGAUGAGGACCAAAAAGCAUACCAUCUGCAGUUCUAACAUCACACUUAAAGUCUAAAAGAGAGCAUUUCUUCUUUACUGUGUUUUUAUUUAUUUAUUUAUUUAUUUUUGGCUAAGUUGGGUCUUUGUUGCUGCAUGCGGGCUUUCUCUACUUGUGGUGAGCGGGGGCUACUCUUCGUUGCGGUGAGUGGGCUUCUCAUUGUGGUGGCUUCCCUUGAUGCGGAGCACGGGCUCUAGGCAUGCGGGCUUCAGUAGUUGUGGCUCGUGGGCUCUAGAGCACAGGCUCAGUAGUUGUGGCGCACAGGCUUAGCUGCUCUGCAGCACGUGGGAUCUUCCCGGACCAGAACUUGAACCCGUGUCCCCUACAUUGGCAGGCGGACUUCCAACCACUGCGCCACCAGGGAAGCCCUUCUUCUUUUAAAACGUAACCUUCAUGAGAAAUGGGGGCUUGUCUGCCACCUAAUGGGCACUCGGUAAUAAUUAAUGGACGGAUUAAUAUCCUCAAAAUGCCGUGUGCAGCAUAGAUGUAGGCUGGGGCUUCAACAUUGCCUAUUGCUGCAAAGUGCUCUGGAAGUCUUAAUUUUUUGUAACGUAAAAAUGUUUUGUCAGAUCUGUGCCCUGAUGAUGUUAUUUAACGGUUGAUUUACAGUGAUUCUUGUUGCCUUUUAAACACGUGGAAAUGGAUGACAGUGAAAGCUGCUUGGAGUCUGAACAUCGUGACUGUGGUGGUAUUUAAUGCCCAACACAAAUAAGAGCCUGAAUGGGUAAAAAAAGCAGAGGGUAUUUUAAAGGAGUCAGCGUUCCUUUACUUUGGUGAAACGGAGCUGAAGUUACACACAGUCCUCGUCGACUUUGCAACCUGCUCCUGACGGUAUGGUUUGGGGAGGACGCAUCGUGCCUGAGGUAUUGCAAGAUCCGGAAUUACGGAGAAACAGAAAGACCUCAGGAUCAAUGCCAGAUUCUCUUUCGGCAGUUGAGAUUACAGACAUCCCGCCAGAAUGAUUUCUGCAAAGCCCAGACUUGUCAUACCUUAUGGCCUCAAGACUCUGCUUGAGGGAGUUAGCAGAGCCAUACUCAAAGCCAAUCCACCAAACAUCACCCAGUUUGCAGCAGUUUAUUUCAAAGAACUUAUUGUGUUUAGAGAAGGAAAUAAUUCUCUGGAUAUAAAAGAUCUUGUUAAACAAUUUCAUCAGAUUAAAGUGGAGAAGUGGUCAGAAGGAACGGCACAAGAGAAGAAACCAGAAUGUGUGAAAGAGCCAGAAAGAACAUCUACAGUUUCCCAAGAACCUAAACGGAUGGAAAAAUCUACGGACACAGAGGAGGACAACAUAACUGCACCGCAGUUUAGCCACAAAACCACGCAGUUCCCGUCAGUCCAUGCUGAGCUGCUCUCAGCGCCUGAGGACGCCACUGAAGUAGUUCGCGGUCCUUUGAAACCGACCACCCCUAAGAAUGCCACCCCACCCUCAUCACCGUCGCCAGCAGCUGUCCCACCCGAGUUGGCCUACGUCCCUGCUGACCCAGCUCAGUUUGCUGCUCAGAUGUUAGGUAAUGUUUCCUCUCUUCAUUCGGAUCACUCUGAAAUUGUAAUGGUGGAUGUGGCAACAAGUAUGCCUGUUUUUCCCGAGGAGAUGCUGAGCUCAGAGGCUGCUGAAGAUGAUGUGGUGGCCACUCUUGUGCAUUCUGGAGAGCUGGCAGCAGUGCAGGCUCUGAGCGAGACAUCUGUCCAUGUAGAUUUGGGUUCUACACCUAAAGACAAUGAGGCUGAACCACCAAUGGCUUCCCCAUUCCCCUUGCAGGAUGAACAAGAACCUCCUGCUUAUGAUCAAGCCCCUCAGGCCCCUUUGCAGGCUGCUACUGAGGUGACAUCCACCAGGCACGUAGCAUCUAUCUAUAAAGAUGAGCCUGUGAUUGAAGGAGUUUCUGAUGUUGAGCAAAUACUGGAACAAACAGUUAUCCCCUUUUCUGAUCAUGUUGCUCGUCUUAAAGGAAACGAGCAGUCACCACCCCUUAGGCCCAUACUUGUAGUAGGCAAGACAGCCUCAGACGUGUCUGAAAAAUCUGUGGGUUCUGCAAACUUUGUGCAGUUGGAGAGUGCAAAAUAUGACUCCUCAGUACAUGUGGAGGCAGAUGGCUCUGCCACAACAGUGAGCUCUGAAAAAUCUGUGCACCUUGCAGUGGACAUCUUUGCGCUGGCCCCUGGCAGUGCUGGGCAGGAGGACUCAUGGGAAAACCGUGCGUCCCAGGAGACGGAGGUCAAACCCACGCUCUCAGGGGAAGCUGCAAAAGUAGUGCGCCCAGGUGCGUCCGUAAGAUCAUCUAGUGGCCCCCAACCUCCUGUUCCAGAAGGUCUUAAUGAACCAGAAAUCGAACCAGAAUGGGAAGCAGCACCUAAACAAGGUUUGACGGAGCCAGCAAUAGCAGCAAGCGAAGCAGGACAACCACCACCAUAUUCUAACAUGUGGACCCUUUACUGUCUAACUGAUAUGAGUCAACAAAGUCGCCCAUCACCACCGCCUGCACCUGGGCCUUUCCCCCAAGCAACCCUCUAUUUACCUAAUUCUAAGGAUCCACAGUUUCUGCAUCAUCCACCAAAAGUUACUUCUCCAACUUAUGUGAUGAUGGACGACAGCAAGAAGACCAGUGCCCCGCCUUUUAUUUUAGUGGGCUCAAAUGUUCAGGAAGCACAGGAUUGGAAGCCUGUUCCUGGACAUGCUGUUUCCCAGUCAGAUGCCUUGAGGAGAUAUGCUGCAGUGCAAGUACCCAUUGCUGUUCCUGCAGAUCAGAAAUUCCAGAAACACACCCCCAAUCCCCAGAAUGCUAAUCCUCCUCCAAGUGGACAAGAUGUCCCCAGACCACAAAGUCCAGUUUUUCUUUCUGUUGCUUUCCCGGUAGAAGAUGUAGCCAAAAAAGGUUCAGGAUUUGGUGACAAACGUACUCCCUUUGGAAGUUACGGUAUUGCUGGAGAAAUAACUGUGACUACUGCCAAUGUUCCCAGAGCAGAAACUUAAAACUGGCAGGUAAAUUCUCUUCCCAUGAUACGUGGGCCUUAACACACUUGAGUUUUCAAGCAGGUUGAUCUGUUGACCUAGAGGCUGAGGUAUUUUAAGACACUGAAUUGAGACACGCAGUGAGCCGGGGGGGGGGGGGUGCGCUCAGAUCCGACGUGGUGAUUGCCCCCACCUCCCUUACCACGUUACUACUCAGCGCACGGUAGGCGCACUGCACUGCGGUGACGCAUGCCAAGGGUCCGGUGCCUAAAACACAUACCAAGCAACCAACUCAGCUACCUCUGAAAACCUGGCGCUGUGUUUAGCCCUGUAGAAGAUGCCAAAGGGGUGGAUUAACAUAAAGACAAGACAUAGUCUCAUGUGGGAAUUUUAUAAUCUAGUUGGCAGGUUUAAGGGGUGGGGAGGACAAGGUGAGAGAUUAUAUACGGAGCACCCAGUCAAUGUGGUAAGUUUGCUCCCUUGUACAGUGACUACUUACAGCAGAAUGGAUAGGUUGGAAACACAUUCAUGAGCUAAAGGGACAAGUGGUGUUAACCAUAGAUAAGAUAGUUUUAUCACUCAAAUAUCAUUAAAAAAUUUUUAUUCAACCACAUGCAGCACUAGUCUCUCCUCCCCCACGUGUGUACGUACAGCAGAGCAAGCAAAACGUGCAGCCACACCUUAGAAAAGUAAAUGAUAUGUGAAGUAUUGGGAAGAAAACAAGUAGGUACUGAUCCAGGCCCUCUAUUAGAUGGGGUGUUCAGGCACAGAUGUAAACUGACGUCUGCGUAGGAGAAGGAGCCCACAGCCAGAGGCCAAGGGCAGGAAAGAGCAUGGGGCUUCGAGACUCUGCAAGUUGGCCACAAGGAGACAGGCUGGGAGGAGCUGGGGAGAGCACAUAAGGUGAAAUUAGACGUGAAGAGGGGACCACGUAACUCAGGGCCCUGCCUCCCAAACGAAGAGAUUGGGACUGAAAGUUCAGUGGGGAGCCAGAAGAAUGACAGCAGCUGCACGUCUGACGGACAAAAGCUAGAUUUCAGUUUUAGGCAGGUUCAAGUACCACAGUUAGUUACCAUACUUAAGGAGACUCUCUUUUCAAAAUAUCUUAGGACUAUGAGCAUUUACCUACUCAUACCCUUUAGACUUUUAGUGGAACUGUCAAAAUGGCCGUUUUUGGCAUGAGGUGCCUAGGCUAUUUUAGUGCAAAUGCACAGAUAACAUAGUUAACAGCUUAGUAGAAGAGCAGGAGGAUAGAACUUGCAUUUCUGAUCAUCCACUCAUUUUACAUGUUCAGUUUUAUGAUUAAACAA